GCCUCGGCAGCAGCAGCAGCAGCAGCAGCCUCUGCCGCCGCCGUGUCCUGCCCCAGCAGCAGCGGCAGCGGUGCGCCGGCGGGAUGGGCUUCGAGCUGGAGCGCUUCGACGGCGACGUGGACCCGGCGCUGCAGUGCGACCUGUGCCACAAGGUGCUGGAGGACCCGCUGACCACGCCGUGCGGCCACGUCUUCUGCGCCGGCUGCGUGCUGCCUUGGGCCGUGCAGCAGGGCAGCUGCCCCGCGCGCUGCCGGCGCCUGUCGGCCAAGGAGCUGCACCACGUCGCGCCGCUCAAGAGCCUCAUCCUCAAGCUGGACAUCCAGUGCGAGCACCGCGCGCGCGGCUGCCCGGCCGUGGUGCCGCUGCAGCAGCUGGCGGCGCACGUCGAGGCGUGCGGCUUCGCCCCCGCCCGCUGCCGCCACCCGGGCUGCGCCGCCGUGCUGGACCGGCGCGACGUGGAGGCGCACAUGCGGGAGCGCUGCGAGGCGCGCGCGGCGGGGCCGUGCGAGCGCGGCUGCGGCUUGGUGCUCACCCACGGCGAGCGCCGCGCCGGCGGGCACUGCUGCGUGACGGCGCUGCAGGGCCACGGCGCCGGGCUGCAGGCGCGCCUGGCCGCGCUCGACAAGGAGCUCAAGAAGGCGGCGCUGCGCGCCGGCAAGCGCGAGCAGGCGCUGCGGGCCCGGCUGGCGGCCGCGCAGCUCGAGCUCCAGGUCACGGCGCUGCGCUACCAGAAGAAGUUCACCGAGUACAGCGCCCGGCUCCGCUCGCUCGGCGCCGCCCGCUGCCUGCCCGCGCCCGACAAGGGUGAAGAAACUAAAGCACUGACCCUCGUCCUUCAUCGUGACUCUGGAUCUCUUGGAUUUAAUAUUAUUGGUGGCCGACCGUGUAUGGACAAUCAAGACGGCUCCUCCAGCGAAGGAAUUUUUGUAUCAAAAAUAGUCGACAGUGGGCCCGCUGCUAAAGAAGGAGGGCUGCAAAUUCACGACAGGAUUAUUGAGGUGAACGGAAAGGAUUUAUCCAAAGCAACGCACGAGCAGGCAGUGGAAGCCUUCAAAACGGCGAAGGAGCCCAUCGUGGUACAGGUCCUGAGGAGAACGCCACGCACCAAGAUCUUCAGCUCUUCUCAUGAGUCUCAGCUGGUCGACAUGGGCACUCAGACUGAUAUCACCUUUGAACACAUCAUGGCUCUCACCAAGAUGGGAUCCCCUACUCCACCAGUCUCGGUGUUAGAUCCAUACCUCUUACCAGAAGACCAUUCAUCAGUGCAUGAAUUCUACGACCCGAAUGACUACAUGGGAGGCAUUCAUCAAGAAAUGGACAGAGAGGAGUUGGAAUUAGAGGAGGUGGACUUGCAUCGAGCGAACAGCCAGGACAAGCUCGGCCUUACUGUCUGUUAUAGGACCGAUGACGAAGAUGACAUUGGUAUUUAUGUAAGCGAGAUCGAUCCCAACAGUAUUGCUGCAAAAGAUGGUCGUCUACGAGAGGGAGAUCGCAUUAUUCAAAUUAAUGGCAUAGAAGUACAGAACCGAGAGGAAGCUGUGGCACUCCUCACCAGUGAAGAAAGCAAGAAUGUCUCCUUACUUGUAGCAAGGCCAGAAAUUCAGCUGGAUGAAGGCUGGAUGGAUGAUGACAGAAAUGAUUUUCUGGAUGACUUGCACAUGGACAUGCUAGAGGAACAGCACCACCAAGCAAUGCAAUUUACUGCCAGCAUACUUCAGCAGAAGAAGCACGACGAAGAUGGAGGUACCACGGACACUGCAACGAUUUUAUCCAACCAGCACGAGAAGGACAGCGGUGUGGGACGUACAGAUGACAGCACUCGCAAUGACGAGAGCUCAGAGCAAGAGAACAACGCCGACGAUCACACAACUUCCUCUAACACUUUAGGGAGCCAGAAGAAGCUGCCGUACAGUCACGACACGCUUGGAAGCGGCGAUAUGCCAUUCAGCAACGAAUCGUUUAUCUCGGCUGAUUGCACAGACGCCGAUUUCCUUGGCAUCCCGGUAGAUGAGUGCGAGAGGUUCCGGGAACUACUGGAACUCAAGUGUCAAGUCAAGUCUGGCAACCCCUACAGCCUCUAUUAUCACAACAGUGCCCUGGAUAUGAGCAAAAGCGACCAAGAGAGCGUCGACAGAGAGCUGGAGAUGCUGAACGAGGAGCUGCGGAACAUCGAGUUGGAGUGUCUGAACAUCGUGAGAGCUCAUAAAAUGCAACAGCUGAAAGAGCAAUACCGAGAGCCCUGGAUGCUCCAUAACAGCGGGUUCCGCAACUACAACACGAGCAUCGACCUGCGCAGACACGAGCUCUCCGACAUUACAGAGCUCCCGGAGAAAUCCGACAAGGAUAGCUCGAGUGCGUAUAACACUGGGGAAAGCUGCCGAAGUACACCGCUCACACUAGAGAUUUCUCCUGACAAUUCACUGCGCAGAAUUGCAGAAGGAACCAAUUGCCAAGGCAGCGAGGGGGCAACUGCAUACAAUGCCGCCCAGAAGAAUUUGCUACCUAGCUCAGAAAGUCAUGAAUCCAGCGCUGCUAAGUAUCACUCGUCUCCUAAAGAUCCUGACCUUGACAAGCAGCUGGAAAGCAAGGACAGAAAAAACAGCGAUGGAAGCAAAAGCCCAACUCACUCUCAAAAACCAGGUGGCUCCUACAUCUCCCCGUAUCAUCACUCUCCGUACAAGCAUGCUCAUAUCCCUGCCCAUGCACAGCACUAUCAGAGCUACAUGCAGCUGAUUCAACAGAAAUCAGCUGUGGAAUAUGCACAGAGCCAAAUGAGCCUGGUCAGCAUGUGCAAAGACUUGAAUUCGUCAAGCCAGAGCGAGCCCAGGAUGGAAUGGAAAGUCAAGGUCAGGAGCGAUGGGACCCGCUACAUUACGAAGAGGCCGGUCAGGGACAGACUGCUGAGAGAGCGUGCCAUCAAGAUUAAGGAAGAGCGCAGCGGUAUGACUACGGAUGACGAUGCGAUAAGUGAAAUGAAGAUGGGCCGUUACUGGAGCAAGGAGGAACGGAAGCAGCAUUUGGUGAAAGCGAAGGAGCAGAGGCGAAGGCGAGAGUUCAUGAUGCAGAGCAGGUUGGAUUGUUUAAAGGAACAGCAAGGUGCAGAAGAGAAGAAGGAAAUGAAUAUCAUUGAACUGAGCCACAAAAAAAUGAUGAAGAAAAGAAAUAAAAAGAUAUUUGACAACUGGAUGACAAUCCAAGAACUGUUAACCCAUGGCACAAAGUCACCCGACGGCACAAGAGUGUACAAUUCCUUCCUGUCAGUGACUACUGUAUAAUCUCCAUUGCUGAAUUAUGUACAUAAAACACUACCAUUGGGGUAGAAUUCACUGCCUCGUUCAAUGUGGCAAGUUUUUUGUAUAUAAGAUACAGUCAUCCACUUUAUAGUUCAAGUACUGAACUCUACAACUCUGGGCGCUGACACUCUGUUGGAGAGCGGAGAGAAAGCUCACCCGUCUUCUUCAAAGGCAAUAUUAACAGACCCUUUUGGAAUACUGAUUGUACUUUUUAUUUUAUUUUUUCUUGUUACCAUUUACAUGAAGUGUUUUAAUAUCAGCAAAUGUAUUACCCAUACUUACACAGGUAAUUUGCUUUUAACCUAUAUUCAUAUUAAAAAGUUACACAUGCUUUUCUUUGCCUAAACACAAAAGCAACUGCAAAUAUGUAAUUUUUUUUUUUUUUGUGAAACCAUAUUUUGUGAUAUUACUUUGCUGUUGUGUCCUUUGGCGCACAGUGCUGUUUAUCAAUAUUUAGCUCAAGGUUUAAGCUCAAAACUAUUGAAUUCCUGAUAGAGUCAGUCUCCUGUAAUAUUUAACAUUUAUCAAAACAGCAGUCUUUUAGAGUUAGGAUCAGCAUUUAAACAUUUUUCUUUGUGAGGUUUCUAAAGGAAGUAUAUCGGUUUCAUCUGAAAGGCCUGAAGCAAAGUACAGUAUACUGCAGCUUUAAAGGAUUUUAAAGCAUGUUUGCAAAUGUUGCGACCUGUUGAAAGAAUGUGCAUGUACAGCCGAUUUGUUUAUAUAAAACAGUUUGUGUAAUUUGAAAAGCCCAUGGUAGUACCUGUUUGCUUUGUAGAUUUGAAUGUACUGAAUUAUAAAAUCAUGAUUAGUUACACAAAAUCAUGAUUAGUUACAAACAUUAACAAGUAAAUUGAAGUAAAAUAAAUUAUUGUUUUAUAUUUCA